AUGGCACAAGGAAGGAAAGAAAAAGGGACCAGCAGUACAGGGAAAGAAAGAAAGCGCCUCCAGACACAACAGCCACGAUCGCCCUUACAGAGGAUUGAAAAUGAGGUUGAGCUUCUCGGCGAGCAGCUUUCCGUUGGCGGAGGCUUCAGUUACACUCACCACCACCACCAUCACCACCACUAUCACCACCAGCCGCCCUCCACCCUGCCGCCGUCAACGCCUCUGCAGUUCCUGUCGCACCAUGACCCCCUUUCACAGGAGCUGUUCACAGUGCCAUACCCACACUUUAUGCCUCGUCGAAUCACAGGCCGGCGUUACCGCUCUCAGCAGGCUGUGCCCCCAUCCCCCUACCACCCCAGCUUCCUGCCUUACUUCCUGUCCAUGCUUCCGGUGACGCCGACUGUGGGCCCCGCCAUCAGCCUUGAACUUGAUGUGGAUGACGGAGAGGUGGAGAACUAUGAGGCCCUGUUGAAUCUCGCGGAGCGUCUCGGAGAGGCUAAACCCCGCGGCCUCACUAAGGCUGACAUCGAACAGCUUCCGUCGUACAGGUUCAACCCCAACAACCAUCAGUCUGAACAGACACUGUGUGUGGUUUGUAUGUGUGACUUUGAGUCUCGCCAGCUUCUAAGGGUCUUACCCUGUAAUCACGAGUUCCACACCAAGUGUGUUGACAAGUGGCUUAAGGCUAAUCGCACCUGUCCUAUUUGCCGGGCUGAUGCCUCUGAGGUCCAGAGAGAUUCUGAGUGACCUUUGGCUGGUGUCAGGAUCCCGCAUCCACAAUCCCUGGAUCCAGUUGGACACCGACAUUCUUUCCUUUCUUCGUCCGCCUGCUGCUCUCACAUUCUGCCACAUAACUGGGACCAGUAUUCCUUCACUCUUUGUUCCCUUGGACACAGAACCGGAAUUCUUACCUGGGAUCAGCAUUUAGGGGUGUGGAAACUGACUGACUAGUGCUCACUUUAUGUCUGGACUUCUUAGGCCUUCGAACGUGGGACUGUCACACCGCCAGCUCUCUGCCUUCUGCUUGUGGUUACUCCUUCUUACCGAUGGCCUUGGAAUCACGUUCGCUCAGUGUCAUGUGCAGAUGAACAUAUAUAUAUAUAUAUAGCAUGUGUGUAUUUUUUUUUUUUUUUUUUCCCUAACCUGCCCUUCCAAACUGAAGCAGUGUGUUCAGUCGUUUGCCUGAUGGAAGGGGAGGAAAAAAGACUUCUUUGAAAAAUGUUUGUGUAGUUGUACUAACAAACGUUGGGGUAGAAUUGGCAGUCCAAAGAUUAUUGUCGUUUCAUUACUCUUCUGCUUCCGAUUAAGUAUUCACUUUCUGUCCAGGAGAGACCGUCCUUUCCACAGCACUCAUCGUAUUCGCCAUUUGUCAUCGGAAGCGUUCAGGUUUAAUUUGUUUGCGACUACUUGCAUUCCUGGUGAGAGUGCAUUUCGUAUGCAGCCCAGUGACACGUACGCUGUGAGUGUGUUACACCUGUUGUGGUAUUUCCAGUUUGUUGUACAGUUUAUUCACCUCUUGCUUUUGCUGACUCUGGGACGAGGGCAUCAUCAGGUUAGCAGCAGGAACAGUCAGAAGUCAGUAAAGCAUUUCUUUGUGUUUGUCAUCUAAAUGAGACUUUAUUGAUGACCGCCGUAGUUUGUCUCCAUUCCUCAAUUAGUCCAUGAGCCAGAAGCCAAUUUUGAACUAAUCGGUAUCACUUAAGGGGAGUAAAUGACACUUACAAUCCAGCCUCAGUGUACCAUACAUACAAUGUAUGGUGGCCAUCUGGCGUCAGCAUUAAAAAAAAAAAAAAAAAAAAUGCUCCAAU